AAAAUAAAAAUAAUUAUCAAUAAAAGUUGUACACAACAUAAUAUAUAUAUAUGGAACUUGAUUAGGCUAGGUUCACAUGGUGUCUUUGCAUCGCUAUCGUGAAACACGCUCAUUGUCAGCGAUAUAGGUAUAUAGGAAAUCCGUAUAGGUACCCAUAAAUACGCGCGAUUGACCGGAGCGCGUGUACGAUAACACAUCGGCUAUUGUACUUUAUCUCCGAAUUUCCGAUAUGAUAUAUUGUGUUCCGUGUAGCCACGUAAAAAUUAAACACGAUUCAUUUCGACCAAGUUAACUAUACAGUGAACAACAUCAAAACUCAAAAGAUUUAUAAUACGAUAUUGCCACAAGAUGAAAAGGUCAGGUAAAAUAACAGAUUUGUUCCAAUUAAGAACAAAUAAAUUGCCAAAGACAACUGAUACUGACAACAUAGAAAAUAUCGGAAGCGUCGAAAAUGAAAAUGUAGUUUCUACGUCAAUAAAUUUCGAUUCUCAAGACAUUGGUGCGUAUAUAAACUUAAGAGAAAAAAAUAUUAUUUUAAAUGAUUUGAAACGUGAACAAUUACUUACAUCUCCGUGGGUCCUCCCGAGUGGAUAUGUAUUUCCUAUAGACAAUACCAAUAAACGAAAUUUACGUUUUCAAAUGAGUUGGAUAAAUAGAUUUCCAUGGUUGGUAUACUCUGAAAUAGAAAAAGGGGCGCUAUGUAAGUUUUGUGUUCUAUUUUCUAAUUCUGAUACUGGUAAAGGUAGCCACGAAAAAACAAAAAGUUUUGUGACACAGCCAUUUAAAAAAUGGAAAAAUGUGAUAGAGAAAUCUAAUGAUCAUGAAAAUCAAAUACUUAUUGAUGUAGGUAGUGAAGUGACAAUUCCUCGCUGCGUAAAAAAACAAAUAAACCGGGAUAAUACUACCUCGCAAUCACCUGAAGAGUAUUACAAACGCACAAUAUUUAAUUCAUUUUUAGACCAUACCAUUGUUCAUUUAGCAGACCGUUUUAUCAAACAUAAAGAAAUAAUAACGAACUUGGAAAAAGUAAUUCCAAGUCUUAUAAACGUAAAUUCAAUAGAUCUAUUAAAAGAUACUAUAACCUUUUAUGAAAGUUUAUUGCCAGAUUCUACAGUAUUUAAUGAAGAGUUCUCCACGUGGAAAUUAAAAUGUCUAAAAAAUAGCAUUGAAAAAAAACCUUCAAAUGCAGUAGAGUCAUUAUUAGAAUGUGAUGAAAGAUUUUUCCCAAAUAUAAGAAAACUGUCGUCAAAUUGCUGCUCGGAAAUCUUUAGUCUUUAUGGUAUUAUAAUAAUAUGAUUAAGAUAAAAAUAUUAUUUCUAAGUACCAAAAACGUAA